AUAAACAAACUACAACCGAGUAGCAAUUGGCAUCCUUCAAACACCAGCAACAGGAAACCGAACAUGGCUAAACUCGACAGAAAGCGUGGAUCUGAUGAUUCUGAGCGUCCGGCUAAAAGGGCAAGACAUACCGGCAGAUCUUUGAACUCGUUCAAGCAUCUACCAGAGAUCAACAAGAUCCCAUCGGCCAAAUCAACCGAGCUGGAUGUGUUUGUCUGGGGAACGGGAUCGAUGUGUGAGCUUGGUCUAGGUCCAGAUGCAAAGACCAAGGAGGUGAAGAGACCAAGACUGAAUCCGUUCUUGAAGGAUAAGGGGAUUGUGGACUUUGCCGCUGGUGGUAUGCAUACAAUAGCACUUGAUUCCAAGAACCAGGUCUGGUCGUGGGGUUCCAAUGAUAGUUUUGUCCUUGGUAGGGAUACCUCCAAGGCGAAGGAGGUGCUGAAGGACAUGGACGCUGCUGACAGCGACGACGACGAGGAUGGUGAUCUGAAUGAAGAGGAAUCGACACCUGGUUUGGUUGAAGGGUUGCCUCAGGAUCAAAAGGUUGUACAGCUGGCAGCAACUGAUAACUUAUCUGCAGUGUUGCUCGAUAGCGGUGAUGUGUACGCCUGGGGUACCUUCAGAUGUAAUGAAGGUAUCCUGGGCUUCAAACAUGACGUCCGUAUUCAGAAGACUCCAGUGAAAGUGGACGAGUUCAAGGACAUUGUGCAAUUGGCACCGGGUAAAGACCACAUCUUGGGACUGGACAAGAAGGGUGUUGUUUAUGCCUGGGGUAAUGGCCAGCAGUUCCAACUGGGUAGAAGAAUUCUGGAGCGUAACAGACUGAGAACGCUGGAACCAAGAGAAUUUGGAUUGGCUGAUGUUACAUACAUCGCAUCAGGUGAAUUCCACUGUUUUGCCAUCACACAGGAUAGAAAAGUCCUGACAUGGGGAUUGAACCAAUUCGGCCAAUGUGGUAUCUCCUCUGACUUGGAGGAUGGCUCUAUUGUGACAGUGCCAACAGAAGUCGAGUCAUUGUCUGACAAGAAUAUUGUGCAGAUCGCUGCUGGUGAACAUCACACUUUGGCAUUGUCUGAGGACGGUACCGUUUAUACCUUUGGUAGAUACGACAUGUUCGAGAUUGGUAUCGCAAAGGACGACUUGCCAGAGGAGACCUUCAAGGAUGUCCAUGGGAAGCCAAGAUCUGUGCCAGUGCCAACCAGAUUGACAAAGAUCCCAAAGGUGAGAUCAGUGGCUGUUGGAUCACAUCACUCUUUGGCAAUCUCUGAAGACGGUGUUGUUUACUCCUGGGGGUUCGGUGAGACUUAUGCCGUUGGUCUUGGUCCAGCUGGUGAAGAUGUGGAAACACCAACCAGAAUCAAGAACACUGCAACUCAGGAUGAAGACAUUCUGCUGAUAAGUGCUGGUGGCCAGUUCUCCAUCAGUGGUGGUGUCAAGCUCUCUGAAGAAGAAGCUGAAAAGAGAGAGGAUAAGCUCGAAGAUGAAGAGUGAUUUCCUGAACAAAAGUAGAUGUAUAUCUUAUGUAUUAAUACCACUAUUGUUAUACGUAUAAACAUGUUAAUAAAUCACA